AUGGCGUCUCAAGAGGUUGACAGGACGCUCCAGCGGCUUCCGGACGAAAUUCUGCUCAGAAUCUUCACGUAUCUGGAGCCCCAAGACUUCCCCAGUCUGCAGCUCGGAUGUCGUAAGCUUCGCGAAAUCUCAUUAGACAACAGUCAUUGGAGAUCAAGAACGUUUGAAGACUCGCCCUUUCUAGAGACUCUUGAGCGGCGCCGUCGCAUGGCCAGAGUUCUUGACGGAGACGUACUCAAUGAACCUUUACUCGAUGUUGCUGUUUCUCUGAACCAAGAGAUUGACGCCGCAGAACCAAAAGUACAAGCCGUCCAUGGAACAUCGGCUGCGCGAAAGGAACGGCGUUUCCGUGAAAUCGCCAAUUGGGACCCAACAUUUCCCGGCGAAUCCGUCUGCUGGUAUGACGAAUACAUCCAGCGCAAUGCACCUGUGACCACCAGCUGGCUGCAACAACCUUGCAUUCGAGACGGCAGCUUCGAGGAUCUACUGGAUGUACGAGGCGUUGCGCUGUAUAAUCCUCCAGACGAUCCGGGGAACAUGCUGGCCGUAUCACCGCUUGACGACGGCUCAAUCUGUCUCUGGGAUGUCAAAGGCCGGAGGGGCCGUAAAGGUGCCAUAGUAGCCAAGAGCGCCCCCGGCAUUCUUCAUAUCGACGGGCCAGGUGCUGUUGGCCGGUCACGCAAGAUCGAUGCCGGUGUCACAGAGUGCAUCAGCGUAGACAGCCAAGGGAAAAGGGCUUUCGUUGCUGUGCAGGGCCAUCUCAAGGAAGUUGACCUCGAAUGUCUGGCUGUGGUGUCAGACCAGUCCUUCGAAUGGUCCAUUGCGGCGCUUUCAAGUGCACACGUUGAUUGCCCCCUGACCGUGGGCACUUCCCUGGGCAUCCACCUUUACGACUAUAGGGCAAGACAUCACCGGCCCCACGAUGCGAUAGACCGGAUUUUCGAUACGGAUCCGCUACCACAGUACGCGCCCCUUUCUCAACCUCACCCGCUCAGCAUCCUGCAUCUCCCAAUAUCAAGCGAUGGCACUGUCCUUUCAGACGACAUAUACGUGGCCGGACGGUUCAGCAACAUUCUGCAUUAUGACCGGAGAAAACUUGCGCCCAUUGUCGGGAGCAUCCACUCGGGUGCCAGGCUUGCCAGUCUUGCCUCUCUCCCACACUCGUUCUCGCCCCUGGACACCGAGGUCCGCCGCAACGGCGAGCUCUCGGUCGAUCAGGUGCGCGAGUCGAAGGAAAAGCCGGGACGGACGCUCAUUGCCGGAGGUGAAUACAACACCAAGGGCUCCCUGGAACUUUACGCACUCUCGAACACGGACAGGGCUCAGAGCGGCAGGCAGCACAAUUCGAAUUUCAAGAAUCGAUACAACGCCUCGCAGUCUAAGAUUCUGUCGGUCAUCACGCACGGUACGUGCAUAGUGUUCUCCGACGGAUCCGGCUAUAUCAAGUGGUUCGAGCGGGAUGGCUUCACCGAGGUGCGGCGCAUGAGGAUCGGGCAAAGUGAGCCCAUCAAUCGGCCAUCUCUGUUCUCGCAGAUGCCGGGCAUCGAUGACCUGGCGAGGAAGAUUCUGUCGACGCAGAUGCCCGGCCAGUCGGAACGAAUCAACGACGGCGAGAUUCUGUUCUGGACUGGUGAGAAGCUGGGCCUGGUCAGUCUCUCCAAGACGCCGAGAUUCAAACCCAGCGACUUUAGCGACCGAGAACCAAAAACGGAAGAGGAGAUGCAUCUUGAACAGCAGGAGGCGGAAUAUUCUGAGCGCAUGAGGACAGCUCUGGAGCGGCAGGCGGAUGACGUGCGACUCGUGAGAGACCUUGGUCUUGGAGCAUAA